GCACUGGGAUUGCCCAUCAACCCACGAGGAGCUUCUCCAGAGGCAAAAAAUAAAGAAUUGGUCCGUGAAAUUAGGAACAACAACGCGAUUACACAACCGCAACAGACCAUACCCAAGAAACUGCACCCACCAGCAAGAAGCCGUGACUUGACGUGA